AUGAUCAACCAGGCGGAUGAAAUGAUGGGCAAGCCGGCACGCAUGCUAAUCACACAAGCAGGGCUCGCUUCUAUCACCACGAGCUUCAAUCUUGUUGAUCUUGGGUGUGGCACAGGUCUAGUCGCCUCUUGCGUCCUUAAAGCGGUGCAGCCAUCUGUCUUGUCGGAGAGCAAGAUUCUCUGCACCGAUGUCAAUGCCCGGUUUGUCGAUAUCCUCCUGCAACGCAUACAGAGGGACAAGUGGAUCAACGUUGACGCAGCCGUCGGCGAUGCUCAAAUCUCAGAUCUUCCCGAGCACUCCUUCAGCCAUGUGACCAUCAAUUUCGCCAUGCACAUCAUUCCUGACCCGGCUGCAGUCCUGCGCGAAAAGCUUCGCAUCCUUAAACCCGGCGGUAUCUUGGCAUUCACUGUACCACAUAUCAACAACGGUCAUGACGGCGGAUGGGUACCGGAUCUUCGCUCAGCUCUCGAGUCUCUUCCCUUCCAGACGCCGUUUCCAGACCCAAUGCCGGUGGCCCUUCACGGCAAGCCCCAAUGGGUAGAACCAGAAGGUAUCAAGGCAGAGUUGACCGAUCAUGGCUUCAUUGAUGUCAAGGUGGAAACCAUGGAGAUGAUCCAUCCGGUUUCUAAUGCCAAGAGCUUUCUAGCCUCAUUUUCAAUGAUGAUCAAGUGGGUAAUUGACACAUAUUGGACUGCGGAGCAGAAGCAGCAGUAUGGAGAUGGGUUCAACAAGACGCUCGUAGAGCACCUUGAGUCGAAACAUGGUGGCAAGGGUUGGGAUCUCUACUCAACCGCUAUUGUUGUCACUGCUCGGACGCCACAGUAG